CUGUCUUAUCUAGGCCAUAGCCAGCAGAUAAUUAAUCUAUACACACGAGCCUCACGGGGGACAGAAGAUAACAUUAUCGCCACAGGCCUCCGCCCAGGUUCUGACGACAAAUGAGCUGCUUACUCGAUUGUUUGACCUGUAUAUAAAGCUCAUGGCCAUCCAUCCUGUCUGCUCUGCUCUGAGCUAGCUCGCGCGCCGGCGCCAAUGGAGGAGAUUCUGGUGAGCGCGGCGACUGGUGCCUUGGGGCCCGUGCUGGGGAAGCUGGCGACCCUGGCCGGCGACGAGUACAAGCGCCUCAAGGGGAUCCGCGGCGAGAUCGAGUCGCUCUCCCGCGAGCUCACCGCCAUAGACGUCUUCCUGGAGAAGAUGUCGGAGGAGGAGCCUGAGGACCCGCAGGACAAGGCCUGGAUGAAGGAGGUGCGGGAGCUCUCGUACGACGCCGAGGACAGCCUCGACGACUUCAUGGCCCGCGUCGCCGCCCGGCCCAGGCCCAGCCCCGGCGGAUGCAUGGGCAAGGUCAUGGGCUUCGUGGGCCGGACCAAGGAUCGCCACCGGAUCGCCAAGGCCAUCGAGGAUCUCAAGAUUCAGGCCGUCGAGGUGAGCCAGAGGAAUGCCAGGUACAACAGGCCCGGCCCACCUGCCGCCGCCGCUGCCGCUGUCGCCGCUGCCCCCACGGAGCCGCGGCAGGUUGACCCCAGAGCUCUUGCCAUCUUUGAGGACGCGUCGAAGCUCGUCGGUGUUGAAGAACCCAAGGAAGAAGUGAUCCAGCUGUUGGCCGACGAAGGCGAGUCAACACAGCAGCAGCAGCCACUCAAGGUGGUCGCCAUUGUUGGGUCCGGAGGAUUGGGGAAGACGACUCUGGCGAACCGAGUGUACCAAGAGCUCAAAAGGGGGUUCGAUUGCCAUGCUUUCCUGUCCGUGUCGCAGAAUCCAGACAUGGUAAGUGUCAUGAGUAAUAUUCUCAGUCAGUUGGACAAGAAAUACUCCGCUACUGCCAAGGAACACUUGCCACAACUUAUCACCAAGGUUGGGGAAUUCCUCGCCGACAAAAGAUACUUUAUUGUCGUAGACGAUAUAUGGAAGGUGGAAACAUGGGAUGUCAUUAAGUAUGCAUUUCCCACAACCAGUUAUGGCAGCAAAAUAAUAACCACCACUCGUAUAAAUGUUGUUGCUCAGUCAUGCCGAUCAUCAUUCAUUGGCCAUAUAUAUAAUAUGAGGCCUCUUGAUAUGACGUACUCGAGGCAAUUAUUCUAUGGAAGAUUAUUCAACUCUGAAGAAAAAUGCCCUUCGUAUCUUAAAGAAAUUUCCAGUCAAAUCUUGGAAAAAUGUGCCGGUUUACCAUUGGCGAUCAUUGCUAUCGCUGGUUUGUUGGCUGACAAGGCAAGUAAAAAGGACAAAUGGGAGCAAGUGAUGGAUUCAGUUGGUCGUGCACUAAGAAAUGCUAGCGUCGAUGUAAUGGUAAACGUAAUAUCUCUUAGUUACCUGGAUCUUCCUCGUCAUCUUAAAACUUGUCUACUGUAUCUGAGUAUAUUUCCAGAAGAUCAUACUAUCAAUAAGGAGAAUUUGAUAAGGAGAUGGAUUGGAGAGGGAUUCAUUCAUAAACAAGCCGGUUAUACUGCGCAUGAGUCAGGAGAGAUGUGCUUUAACGAGCUCAUCAACAGGAGCUUGAUCCAGCCGGUGGAGAUAGAUGAGACAUUCGGUCAUGAGGUGAAGAGCUGCCGAGUUCAUGACACAGUUCAUGAUUUCAUCGUAUUCAAGGCCAUUGAAGAGAACUUUGUGACUAUAGUAGGUGUACCUGGUGUAAACCCCGACCCACGAAUCAAGGUUCGUCGGUUGUCUCUGCAGAAUGGCGGUGAGGUUCCAGUGGGACUAGUUAUAUCUAGUGCCCGGUCACUCCAUGUUUUUGGGCGUAAUGCGAAGAUCCCAUCUGUGUCUGAGUGCAGAUUGUUGCGUGUUCUAGAUUACGAAGACUGCUCGCAGUUAAGCGACGAUAACCUCGCAGGUAUCGGCAAUUUGUUGCACCUCAAAUACCUGAGGUUCAGGUGUGCGAGUGCCCUUACGAAGCUUCCAGAACGAGUAGCAAGGAUUCCACAUUUGGAGAUUGACAUAGAUGGAUACGACAGAAAAAUGAAAAUUCCAGCUGCCAUCUGGCAGCUCCAACGGUUGUCUGUUGGUGAUGGUUACGCUGCAGUACCAGAUGAAGUUGCAGCCAUGCAAGGGCUACAAGUUCUUGAAGAGCUGAACGUCUAUAAUCAGUCAAGUGUGCUUCUCAAAGGUCUUGGCAAGUUGAAAAGCCUGAGGAACCUGAGCAUAAUAUUGAACAACUACUAUGCUGGUGACCGUUGGGAGGAGAAACAGAAGGAGAUGGUCUCUUCCAUCGCUGAGCUGAGCAAAGCAAGCCUUGAGACUCUGCACAUUCAAAUCAACGAGGCAGCGGAUGAGAUCUUCGAGAAGGAUUAUUGGUUCCCUGAAACUAAUCCUCCAUAUGGCCUUCGGGAACUUGUCAUCGAUACCGGUGCACUCUCGAAAGUUCCUACAUGGAUGGCCUCGCUCGUCAGCCUCGAGAAACUGCGCUUCUCUGUCUACGGCCUCAGCAAGGAAGACGUGGAGAUCUUGGGAGGCCUUCCCGGCCUGCGCCAUCUCCGCAUCCAGUGGGUGGGGGAUGACGACGACGAGGAGGGACUCGAAAUGGAGGCUGCCAUGGUGAUAGCAAUGGAGGCCCAUCCCAACCAUCCAACCUUAGUUUGGACGUUUGAUGAAUGAUUCUGCAGAGAGGCUAGCUUCAGGGUCAAUUAAACAAAUCAACAAUUGAUGGUCACUGGAGCUGCCCCCAUGAGAUCUUUGUUUCCUUCCCCAGUCCAACCGUUUCUUCCUUUCUUCAGUUCCGAAAGGAUAAAAAUGGAUGGACCUUCCAUGCUUCAAACUUACUAUGGUUUGCCUUGAGAAUGAUGGCUAAAUUUAUAUUUUUCUUCCUCGGAUCGGUAGCAUUAUACAUUUACGUUUACAUGUAUCCAGAUGUAAAAUAAAGAAUGGCAUGAACUGUGUACCCUGGAUUGUCUUAAGAAGGGUGAUUGAAAUUUGUU